AUGGAUUCAAUCGAGGCUCUUUUCCCUCGGGAUACCAGUGCUUGUACUGGAAGCAAGCAGUGGUAUGUCUGCAGCGUAGGGAAUUUUCGCGGAUGCUGCUCGAGUGAUCCAUGUGUGACGGGAAUUUGUCCAGACAGUGAGGACGAUAACACGAGUACUGCGACAACGUUAUCUGACCUGUCACUGACGAGAACCGUUGGGGCUAUCAACCGACUGCCUAACGUGACUCCAAGAACGACAACAACUUCGUCUAUGACUACUUUGACUGAGGCAGUGACUAUUUCAUCAGAAGAUCCAGCCACAACAGCGGUUUCUCCUUCUUCAUCCAAAUCCACAAUACCACUCACAGCCUCAGACCAUUCAACAACUACUGAUACAUUGACCUCCCCAGAAGCCACUGGGGCCACUACCCUUUCCUCGGCUCGGGCUGCAUCCCCUGGGGUGGCUUCUCCAUCUAGCACACCCACCAGCAUUCGAAAUGCAACGCAUUCAAACCGCGGGGCAAUAAUCGGCGGGGUGCUGGGAGGCCUGGCAGCUCUAGCACUGUUAGCCAUUCUAAUUUUCUGUUGUAUGCGCCGCAGAAGAAAGCAAGUCAAGCAUGGAAAGCGAUCAAAAGCCCUGUCAUGGUCUCCAUACGGCCGUAAUAACAAUGGCCGAGCAGCUGGAUCCGAGAUGAAGGAACCACAGCCCCCAUAUGAUAGCGAGGCAAAUAGUACGCAAACACUCCAGCAAUUAUCCAAAACAGCAAUAUACUUACCAACCACAACUAUAGGAUCAUUAACAACAUCCAGCACAGCCUCCCCAAUAAGCACAGAGACCAGACCCGGUGUUCAUCUGACUCCAAACCUAGUACUGACUUCGUCAUCAACGAAUCUCAUCUCACUAUCACCCCAGAAGAACCAAGUCCCACCAGCCCUUCCGCUAUCAACGGAGUUAUAUGCCUCAGUCCCAAACGGACAAGACUUCACCCCAGAGCUGCAAGACACGGGCUUCGCCCGACAGCGCGCUGAGCUAGCCUCGAACCCCCAAAGCGAAUGGAUCAACAUCCCUAUCAGCGAACGGCUACGCCAAAAUCCCAUUCGGUUGAAAACAGCCCCUAGAGUAUGGGAAUCACCCAGCCUAACACCCAUAGCAGCCAGUCCACGGGAGAGCCCAGUCAGGGAACCCAGACAGAGGCAGGGACAUACUCGCAGCCAGAGCGAGACUCGUGAUCCCAUGGGUAUGGGUCGAGUUGUCACUGCUGAUGGAGUCGUGCUGGGAGCGAAUUUGGAUCGGUAUUCUAAUGGAUUGGAGAUUGGUCGGUCUUUGGACCAGGAAAGGAGAAACGCCGAGGGUUCUGGUUCGGAUCAUGUCAUGAGCUUCAUGCAGUAUGGCAGGUCUGAGGAGGGUGUUGGUGCACCAGUUGGUGCUCGGGCCCGUUCUGUUGAUGAUCUGGGUGGUGAGAGUAGUACAGGGAAACGGGUUUCUAGGACUGAACAAACAGUGCCAGAUGGUGAUGUUCCGGACGAGGAGGAUAUUCCACCUGCCUAUGAGGCGAAUGAGAGUUCUCUUCAGCCGGAGAUCAAGUCGCCGUCUGGGAGGAUGGAGAUGAGCUUAAGGGGGGUUUGA